UGAUCUUACAGAAAAUAAAGAACUAAACUUGGAUUUCCCAUUGAAGCAGUCAGUCACAGUCAGUCUGCGUGCACCGUCAGCGAGCUGUCAUAAAUGAUGCGAAGUGAACGUAACCCUUCCUAUGUCAUGUAUACCGGACCCUGUGCAUUCGGAACCUGAUGUGUGAUUGAUGAGCUGGUAGAAUGUCAUUGUACAGACUUAUCGUUAAUGCCAGGAGUUGUUUCCAGUCACCUAGCAGAAUUUGGACAUUAAAGGGUCAGAAUGUAUGGAUUCGUAGGCCAUUGUCCAGUAGUAGUAAUGGACAGUAUCCUGCAAUGAGGAAGUUUCGAAUUUACAAGAGAAUAUUUGCCCUGACUCUCUUUUCUGGAACUCUUGGCCUUGCAUGGUAUCUUAAGAGGCAAAAAGGUAUUCGUCUGAAGAAUCUUCUCGAAGAUUGCACUAGAUUACCUGUUGAUGAAACACUUUUUGGUGCAGAUGUUUCUUUGUAUAAGUGCAAAGGAUAUGUAUUUGCUGGCCAGUUAAUCAUGUCAGGAGUGCUUAAGGAAUUACCAGAUUUUCAGUUUAGGCCUGAUGACAUCAUAGUGGCUAGUUACCCAAAGACAGGAACUACAUGGAUACAAGAAAUUGUAUAUAUGCUUACUCAUAAUUUCAAGAGGAGUGAUGCAUCAUCAGAGGUUUUAGAGACAAGGUUUCCAUAUCUUGAGUAUCCAUAUCCAGGAAUUAAGUCUGUUGCAUCAAAAGCAGGACGUCGAUUUAUUAAGACUCACUUACCGUAUUCACUGUUGCCACCAUCAUUUGAAAGCAGUAAUGCCAAGUUGGUUUACAUAACAAGAAACCCACGUGACACUGCCAUAUCGUACUUUCACUUUAUGAGAUUACUGACGCCCUGCAGUUUCCAGGGAACUUUAUCAGAUUUCAUCAGAAUGUUUCUCUCUGACACAGUUAUGUACAGCCCAUUCUUUGAUCAUGUGUUAGAGUACUGGAAUAGGCGAGAGGUAUCCAAUAUUCUGUUUAUAACAUAUGAGGAUUUAAAAAAACGUCCCAUCCAUGUUAUACAGAGAGUGGCAAAAUUUCUUGAAAUAGAAGCCUCAGAUGCUGACAUUUUGUAUGUAGCAGCCUGCACAUCAUUUGAUGCCAUGUCUGAAAAUCCUAGUGUCAAUUAUGAGCACUGGAAAGACCUUGGGUUUGCUCAUAAAGAAGAGGGAAAGUUCAUGAGGAAAGGUAAAGUGGGAGACUGGAAAGCUCGUUUAACCAAGAUGGAAAUUUCUGCUUUUGAAGAGUGGGAAAAAAGGAACUUAUCCAACAGCGACUUCUGCUUUACAUAUGAAAUAAGUGAUGCUGAUGUGGAGUCCUGAUUGUAUAAAUACUUGUAAGUUAAAGCUACUACAUAUAUGUAUAAAACUUUUAUAGCUACUUUAUGUAUAAAACUUUACAACUCUAGAUUGAUAAUGUACAUAUAUUUUAAUAUCCCUGGAUGAAAGGUAAUAUAUAUUGAGUUGUAGAAGGAAGUACAGUCUUGUUUGGUUUGACUUGGCAGGUUGACACAGGUAAGCAGAAACAUUACUUGGGCCACACUUUCAAAUCAUGGUUAUUGAUGAUUCAUUAUUUUCAGUUAUACUUGGAGUCAAGGUUCAAAGAGCACCAGCAAAAAGAAUGCAUGGCAAACAUGAGGAACCUCCUAGAAAAGGUCUCUGAACAUUUUUGCUCUAGAAUUUAUUUUAGCUCUUGUUUCUUAAGGUAAUCAUUUCACACUGAAAAGUGAAGAUGUUUUCAGUUUAAUAAAAUUUAAAACAGUUUUCUAAGCUCAAUAUUUUCAGGAAUGAACAUCAUUUUAGCUUAUAAGUAGCUCCUUACGACUGCAAAGAGAUUAAUGUGUGAUUUAUUCAUUUCUAAAUAUUGGUAAUUUUUCUUGUACCAUUAUGUCUUAUACUCUACCCCAAAAUAUUUAAUAGCACAUAGUUGGCUUCUAUCUGCAUUAGUAACAAAAAGGGAAACUAGAGAAGAUAGAAAAUGUUCUUUGAUGUUGGUGUACACCAUCAAUACAUUUAUAUUAAUUUUCCACAUUUGCAGUGCUCCUUGUAGUGUACUUUAUCAGUAUGUUACGCCUCAAAACAAAGAAUAAUAGGAGUGAUAGCAUAAGGCACUGAUCAAGAAGUGCCUGGGACCUCGCUUGUAAAAAGGAAACUCUGAAAACCAAAGGUAACCCGAUGAAGAGAUGAUACAAAAGAAGGGUACUAGUUCAAUCUGGCAAAAAGAAUUACAUUAAUUGGUUACAUAUAGGUCUACUGCUUAUUGAUGUAUGCCACUAUGCUGUUGGUGUUACUGAUCAACACUACCGUGACCCAUCACACGUUCUUGGAAUGUUUGAAGGGCUAGCAACACUGCUCGCAUUUUGAUGUGGAGAUAAGUUUCAUCCUUUGCCCACACAUCAGAAGCAAACACGCUGCUCUGGUGUAUGCCCCAACCUCUAUUGGUGUAUCAGCAAACAGCUGCAUCUCUAGAGGUGGAGAGUUCAAGGGAACUCUCAUGAGGAGGUUUUCGUGAUCCAGCCAUCAAACAAGAUCCUUUUUGAUCUCUCAGGCACAUGAGCUGAAAGGGAGGAUCACUUGUUGCUGACCAGUGCGGCUUCAUUGCCACUGUGGAAAUUAGAGAUGAGAGUUGCCCGUGUGGGACAAGCUUCUCCAAGGAGAACAGGUGCUACCAAAGCCAAGUUGGUCAUUCCUGUUGAGACAGAAACUGCGCUGUAACCUCCCUGAGAUUGCCAACAUGAGAGUCCAAGGAAAAAACUGUCACUGCUCCGAUGUUUAUGAGCAUGUCCAGGUACUUUGCCUGCUGCAUGCAUGUGUGAGACAUUUGAUUUCUCCAAAGUUUAUCAUAUUCCCCAGGUCACAACAAAAUAAAGUAGGUAGUCUGUGGAGUAGUUGUGAUAUAGCAAGUAUAUCCUGUGAAUGGCCCAAGCUGAUACCAGGGUUGAAAACCAGUGUGAAGAACAGUGGGCUGUCACCAGCCCAAAGCACAUAGCUUUGAACAGGUCGACAGUCCUGUUGCAGAGUGAAGGAAACCCCCCCACAGUAUCGGUUACUUUUGUGGGUUUGCUGUUCAGAUAAGUAACAAAGUCUGGUAAUAGUAUAGCCUGCAGUUGCAUAUUUUCAAGAUAACUAUUUAAUAAUGUAUUACUGCAAUUCCUCAAAGCUCACAGCCUAAACUAACCUUUUAUAAUACCCUUAACACGGUUCUAGAGAUUUGUCAAAAAUGUUUUACACUUAAAAUAGUAAAUUAGUGUAAAGUCAUCAUAAUAAUGUUGCUGAUGAGUACAAAAAUAUGAUAAGUUGAAGUCCUUUAAGUCGAGGUGUUAUUGUACUUCUUUGAGGAAUUAUGGAGGGACACUUGAAAGAGUGUACUACAGGCAUCCACUUACUUAUGGCAGUAGGAGAGGGGGACUGUCCAUCUCAACAUCCCCCAGGUGUAUAUACAGUAAUAUAAAGCUAUUCUCACUUAGGUAAAUGUCUUUUUUUGUUAGGUUUGUGAAUUCAGUGGUAGGCUUGUGAGUUCAUUGCAGUUUCAACUGCAACAAACGUUUAUAUCCCUGGAAGUUACUGUGUCCACUGAUAAUAUGGUGAUACUUGAGGUAAAGGCGGCUGCUUAGCUAUCAUAGACUUAUAUAUUUAUUUGAUGGUUUUGCAGCACAAACAGAUAUUUCCUCCGGAAAAAAUGACAAAGCAUUCAUUCGAGGUAUAGUUUUUAAAAUCCAAAUACAGUAUCACCUCAAUUAUUUGCUUGUGUUCUAUCUGCAGCUCAGUAUUAACUCCAUGCAAUAUAUGUGUAAUAUAUAUAUACAAAAAAUAAAAAU